AUGUCAGAGUCCACAAACACCUCUGUGAACCAGUCAAAAACCAUUGAAAUUGAUUCAUCCAGGCCACAUGUUCCUACACAUGAUUCCCAUUUUAUCCAGAUCACUACAAUACGUUUGAAUGGAGAAAAUUUCCUGCGCUGGUCUCAGUCUGUACGCAUGUACAUCCGCAGGAGAGGGAAGAUUGGCUACUUGACAGGAGAAAAGAAGGAACCUACCCAGGAAGAUCCUUCUCAUCCAACUUGGGAUGCAGAAAACUCCAUGGUGAUGACGUGGUUGGUGAAUUCCAUGGAGGAAGAAAUUAGCUCCAACUACAUGUGUUACCACACUGCUAAGAAGCUUUGGGACAAUAUCAAUCAAAUAUAUUCAGACUUGAGAAAUCAGUCCCCAGUGUAUGAAUUAACACUGAAACUUAGAGAAAUCUGCCAAGGUGAGGGAAGUGUCACAAAAUAUUUUAAUUCUCUGAGACCCUUGUGGCAGGAUCUAGACCUAUUCAGUGAUUAUGAGUGGAAAUCUCCUAAGGAUUGCAAUCAUUAUAAGAAAAUUGUGGAGGAUAAUCGUAUUUUCAAAUUUCUUAUUGGACUCAAUGUUGAGUUUGAUAAGGUUAGAGGGAGAAUAAUCGGCAGACAACCCCUUACAUCCCUUGGAGAAGUCUUUUCUAAGGUUCGUAGAGAAGAAAGUCAUAGACUUGUCAUGCUUGGCAAGAAAAUACCAGGCCAAAAUGUUGAGAACUCUGCCUUUGCCACUGCCAAGGCACAUGCUAGCCAUUUCAACCCUCAAAAAUCUGAAGAGAAACCUCGUGUAUGGUGUGAUCACUGCAACAAGCCACGCCAUAUGCAUGAAAUGUGCUGGAAGCUUCACGGGAAACCAGCAAAUUGGAAAGGCAAACAUGAAGGCAGAUUCAAUUUCUCACCUGCUGCACAUGAAGCCACGGCUAUUCCCUUUAGCAAGGAGCAUGUUGAUCAAAUCCUUAAGAUGCUGAAAUCUAACUCAAGAUUAUCGGCUACUCCUAGUGCUUCUCUUGCUCAAUCAGGUAGAGAAUCGGAGAGGAACUCGGGGAAGACGAUUGGUAGUGCUAAGGUGAUAGAUGGCUUUUACUAUUUAGAAGAUGGAUACUCCAAGAAUAAAAAAGCUCAAGGCUUAAGUAGUAUUAGUUCUAUUCCUGUUAAGGAUCAAAUAAUGCUUUAG